AUGAAGGCGCAUUCUCCGAGUUCAGGGCCUUCCCUGCGCGCAGGCGAUCGUUUACGUGCCAGUGGCUAUGUGGAUGGCAGUACACCACACCGACCACGACAAGUCUUAGAUUGGAGCGCCUGGCGUGAGGCGAAUGGCCCACCAGUUGAGAAGACGCGCUACAUGGUGAACCCAGUGGCACCAUCUGUGGCACCCGUCAUUUUGAGGCGGGUGGACGAUCGGAAAGCUUAUCCAGCAAUGUACAACGAAGGAUCUCCAAAGAUUGCCAUCCACACGACGGAGAAGGAGCGCGGGAAUGCGGCCGUGGACGCGCAGCCCGAAGGCGUUUGGAGCUCCACACCGAGGUCGGAUGCCCUGGCGGUGCAGGCCUUGCAGGCGCAGGCCAAACCGCACUCGGUGCAAUUGCCGAUCCAAGGUUCUUUGACCUCCUGCUUUGAUGGGAUGCUGGAUUUGCUGCAAGACGUGUCCAGUUCCAUCGGCUGGGCGGAGAAGAUGAAUGGUGCCAUGGUGCCGGUGUCGCCUGCAGAGAAUGUGAAGAUGACGCUGAAGUCUGGAAAGGUGCCAGAGGACCUCACAGGUGUCUACAUGCGCGUGGGGCCGAACGCCCAAUUCUGGCCGCCCAAGAAACGCACCCACGCCUUCGAUGGCGACGGCAUGGUCCAUAGCGUGCGGAUCUCCGGUGGUGAAGCCAGCUACCACUGUCGCUUCAUGGAAACACCCCGCUACAUGUUUGAGAAGGAGAUGGGUUCCGAGUGGCGUGCUGCGGUGGACCGGGGCGCAAUAGCCAUCAGGCACCGGUGGCUGGCUCACGCGAGCCGUUGGACUUGGAGGGCUUGGGCGGCAUCCUGGGCCUACUUCCUUGUGUUCUCCUUUGGCAUCCUCUCUGCGCUCUUCAUUGGCUACUUUGAGCUUUGGGGCGAAAUGGCAGCUCCAACUCCAGAGCAGGUCUUGCUAGACAUGCAGGCUCAGCUUCAGGUGCAGCAGGACAUGUUGAUCCAACAGCAGACCCAGAUGCAGCAGGUGAUGGCCAAGUUGGCAGAGUCGAACACCAGGGCAGAACGUGCAGAGGAAGAGCGGUACUUGGCCAUGAAGUUGCUGAGCCAGAAGCAGGGAGCAGAGGACCUGGUUGACACAAAGGGUGUUGGGCAGCCGUUCAAAUUUAGUGGUAAGACAGAUCAAGAUUUUGCUGAAUGGGAUCACAAGAUGAAAACCUUUUUACGUGCCAAAUAUGGACCUGAGUUGGACCCUGUUUUUGCUUGGGUUUUGAGACAGCGGAAAGUUGUUAUGAGGUUUGCGGAUGCGUCCAACCGGACGGUAGGAUGGGAUGAGGCCUUUGGUUCCACGGCGGACACCUUGGACUCAAUCGAAGGCUUUGAGAAGAUGGUGAAUGGCAUCUACGCCUACCUGGUCAGCUUUACCACGGGUGAGGCGAACAAGGUGGUGCGCAAUAGUGGCACAGAUGGGUUGGAAGCUUGGCGCCGCAUCCACAAUGAGUACGACCCUACGAGCAGCAUGCGGCGAGUUGUGAUCCUAGGCAUGGUGCAGAACCCUCCGAAGUGCGAGAGUGUCGACAAGUUGGGCGCGGCUUUGGAGGAUUGGUUGGCGAAGAAGAGGCAGUAUGAAGAGUUCACUGACAAUGACGGGAGGCCUUGCCGAGUGAGUGAUGACUCGUUGAUGGCUGCCAUGUACAAGUUGAUGCCGGAGUCACUUGAAGAGGUGGUCAUGUUCAAGUCCGACGAGUACCCAACCUAUGAGGAUCUUUUUGACCGGCUCUCAAGCUUUGCGAGCACAAAACACAGCUUGCACAUCAGUCGUCGCGAGCUCAACCAGAAGAAGACGGUUCAGAAGGAUCCCAAUGCCAUGGACAUCGGUGCAGUGAGCAAAGGCAAGGGCAAGUCCAAAGAUGUCACUUGCUAUCGCUGUGGACGUCCUGGUCAUCGAGCAGCAGAUUGUCGAAGUGGAGGCAAAGGUGGUAAAGAUGGACGAGGUGGUGGCAAGGACAAGGGCAAGAACAACAAAGGUGGCAAGAAAGGAGAUGGAAAAUCCAAGUCUGGCAACAACAACAAGGGCAAGGGCUAUGGUGGCAAUGCUACGUCUUCGGUUGAUGACGCUCAGCCAGCAGGUGAACCGGACCCCAAAGACCUUGCUCACCUCGACCUUUGUGCUGUUGAUGGUGGAGUUGGAAUGGACUAUGGGUCGAGCAGCCGAUCCGAGGAGGAGAACAUGGGUGUUGAGGUCGAAGAGGACAAGCCGGACUAUUUGGUGGAGUAUGACGGCGAGGAGUGGAUUCGCUUCAACUAUGACUCUGGGGCUGUGAGCACCGUGAUUCCUGUGGAGAUGGCUGAGGAAGACCUUGAGUUGCACAGAGUUGGAGACUUCAAGGUGGCAAAUGGUGACCGCAUCCCGCGGUAUGGACGCGUUCGGAUGAAGGUGAUGGAUGAGCGCGGCAACAAGCGGGGCAUUAGAGCUACGGCCACUCAUGUUCACAAACCCCUUGGCUCUGCUGGUGAAUUUAGCCGAAGUCAUGAUGCUUGGUUGUGGAAAGAUGGUGGAGUUCUACUACCUCGACAUGGAGCUUUGGCGACGAGGAUGCGCAAUGUCUACAAGGCCCUGUGCAAUCAAUACAGUGAUGAUCAGGUGAUCCCCCUCUACAAAGAAGGCAACCUGUACAACUUCUAUGUGCAGAAGCGUGGCAAGAUGGAUGAGGUGUGUGCCAUUGAUUCAGGGUCACCCGUAAGUCCGUUGGAUGAGGCUGAGGAUGUAGAGGUGGACAAUGGUGGUGGUGAUGUCCUCAACCAGAUGCGUUGGAAGGGUUGGCAAAUGAUGAGGGUCGGCCUUGACCCAAUCACUCCCAAAUGGGAAGCAUAUGAGCCUAGCAGUUUUGGACCACCACCUGGGUUACCUGAUGGAGUUGUUUGCUGGCAACGCCGUGACUAUGAUUGUUUCACUUUUCGGGGCACGACUGAGAAUGGCCCCGAUUGGCAUGAUGUCGUUUGGAGGAGGAGCAUCAAUGAGGAGACGAACCAGAUUUUUGAUGAAGGUUCGGUGCUUGGCUCUGACUUCAACAUCCAUGGUCAUUUUGACCCAAUGGUGCGGAAGAUGGUCACUGAGCUUUGGCAUGUUCCCUUGGCUGAAACUCAGGGCGUGGUGAGAGCUGAUAGGUCUGAUCGGCCUAGCAAGCGACAGGUUGAAGAGCACGAGUUGGAAAACCAUGCGGUGUACAGGAAUUGGUGUCCAGUUUGUGUUGAAGCGAGGGCAACAGGAAGUCGUCAUCGUCCUCGAACACAACAAGAAAAGGAUGAGCGUGGGCCUACGAUCCAUGCAGAUUUCUUUUACAUGUCAACUGAGGAGGACUCAGUGCCGUUCCUCGCACUCAAGAGUGGUGUUUCUGGGAGGCUUCAUGCAGUGGCCCUCCAGAGCAAAUCUCCAGAUGACUAUGUGCUGAAGGCCUUCGCCCGUUUUGUGGAGGAGACCGGGCACAAGCGAGUUGUUUUCAUGAGUGACAACGAGCCAGCGUUGGUGAAGCUCAAGACCAUGGUGGAUGAGCAUUUGAAGAAUGUUGAGGUGGUUCACAAGACGUGUCCAGUUGGAGAUCAUGCGGCCAAUGGAUCAAUAGAAGUUGCAGUGCGUGAGAUCAAGCGUCAGAUGCGCUCUUUGAGAUUGUCCUUGGAGAGGAAGUUGGGCUGCAAGCUCAACGAUGACAAUGUGCUUUUGUCUUGGAUGGCCUCUUUUGCGGCUCAGGUGAUCAACUGCUACAGGCGAGAUGCCAGUGGCAAGACAUCCUAUGAGAAGGAGUUUGGGCGGAAGUGGAUGAGACCGGCUUUGGAGUUCGGCGAGCUCACCUACAUGAGGGAAGCUGUUGAGCGGCAGAAUCGUCCCAAACGGGACUGGGAGCAGCGGAUGAUUGAGGUCCGCUACAUUGGGCAUCAUUCGCGUUCUGGAUCCAUUUUGGGCCUCACUUCAGACGGCCUACGACUGGGUGCUGCAGUUCGGCGAGUUGGUGAAGGUCUUCGAUGGCGAAGUGAUGGCAUCGAAGAAUUGGCUGGGCUUCCUUGGGAUGUGAAGAGGAAGACACCAGGUGUUCCUGGUGAAAGUGGUGAACGAGCUCCACGGCUUCCACCUCCUGUCCCAGAGACCCCUGAUGCGCGUGGGUUCUAUGUGCAGAAGAAGGACAUCACGGAGCAUGGCUGGCUAUAUAUACUCCUGGGUGUCAGAGCAGUGGCUCACAAUUCGGAGUGCAGAAAGAGAAUUUUUGAUGAGGUUGGUAAGCAGGAUGCGGAGAAGCAUCGAGUUGAGCGUUUUGAGGACAGAAUGGCUGGACGUUUGGAGCGUCGCAUUGAGUUUGAGGAGGAGCAGGAGAAGAAGAAGUCCAAGGUUGAAAUGUUGCCAUUGGAGGACAAGAAAGAUGAUGUUUUGCCCGCUGGGCGUGAGAAAAGAGUUGAACCAGAGAGCCCAAGUGCAAGCGUUGGUUCUCCGAGUGGCUCACCUUCUAAAAGAUGGAAGGCGGAUGGCCACAUGAAGUACAAGCGUGUGGCUGAGACCCCUUUGGAGGAGUUGGAUGAGCGUGCUGCGAGUGCAAGUGCUGAGGCUGAAGUGGUUCCUGCUCAAGCUUCAGCUGCGGUGCCAGAUGCUCCUCCGGUGAUUUCAUCGGAUGCCGUUUCGGUUGAGGAUGUGAUGGUUGCAGAAAAGAAGGGAGCUACUGAAGGAGGAGGUGAUAUCUCUAGCAUUGAUUGGGGUGCCUAUGAGACUGUGGACAUGAGCACGGUCUUCAGUCCACCUAGGUUUGUGGCGCGAGCUGGAAUCCUGGGCCUAUCUCCAGGGUUUUCUGUGGACCUCUCGACGAAGAAACCAAUCCUGGGCAAGGAGAAUGAGUACUGGGAUUUGAAUCGCGCAGAAGACCGUGAAGAUCUGAACUACCUCAUCGAGAAGGAGCAGCCAUUUUUGCUAACUGGGAGUCCUAGAUGCGACCCCUUCAGCGUGUUGCAGAACAUCAGCAAGCAUCGAGAACAUGGGCCUGAUCAUGAGCUUCGACGACGUCAGGGUGAAGAACAUCUUGACUACACUGAUGAGCUCUACAAGAAGCAGAUGAGCGAUGGGCGAUACUUUUUGCAUGAACAUCCAGCAGGUGCAGAUUCCUGGGACCGAGACAGCGUGGUUGGACUUCAGAAACUUGAGGGUGUCUACACGGUGAGUGGUCCCAUGUGUUGCUGGAAUAUGGCAAUUGGGUCUUCAAAGAAAGGCCGUGGCAAGGUGUACAAGAUGACUCGUUGGAUCACAAAUUCAAGGGAAAUUGCAGAGGUCUUGGACAAGUAUUGCACCAACCGCCGAGGUGGACCUAUUCAUCGGCACGUUCCUUUGCUUGGUGGCAUUGCUCGAUUGUGCGAGGCAUAUCCCUUGGAGUUGGUGGAUGCAGUGUUGGAAGGGCUCAAGAGGCAGAUGCUUUCGGACCAGGCCAUUAGCUCAGUUGAGCUACAUGCUAGUGGACCGGUUCCAACUGAGCCUCUGUUUGACAAGGAGACCAUCAAUGAAAUAGCUGGCGAGGUGAUGGAGUACUACGACGAUAUCAGCGGUGAGAAGUUGCCCUAUGACCUGGUUGUCAAAGCACGGCAGGAGGAGAUCAAUUGGGUUCGUAGUAUUGGCCUUUAUGACAAAGUUCCUCGCGCAGUCGCACUUCAACGUGGAGUACGUCCUCUGCAAGUGCGUUGGGUAGAUGUCAACAAAGGUGAUCGGUCCAGCUACAAAGUGCGUAGCCGGAUCGUUGGCAAAGAGCUCAAGUCAAAGACCAAGGAAGCGCUAUUGGCGCAUGAACUGUUUAGUGCGACACCACCCUGGGAAACAGUCAAGGCAUUGUUCUCUCUUCUUGUUACUGACCUCCCUGUGGCGAUGACUGGCGGCGAACCCUUGGUGAUGGGUGUCUACGACAUUUCAAGGGCUCACUUCAUGCCUGCGGUCGAGCGGGAGAUCUACAUAGAGUUGCCGGAUGAGGACAAGCUGGAUGGCGAUGGUGAUGUGGUUGGUAAGCUGAAGCGCAACAUGUAUGGUUGCCGUGAUGCUAGCCAUGGUUGGAUGAAAGAUUGGCAAGCACUUUUGGCCAGUGGUGGUUAUCAAGUUGGUGAAGCCAAUCCUGCCUUGUUUUUCAAUGAGGACAAGUUUUCACGUGGAGCAGUUCAUGGUGAUGAUUUUUAUGUUUUGGGCCCGAAGUUUGCGAUUGAUGACAUGAAGGAGUUGCUUGGGUCCAAAUAUCAGAUGCGAGAAGCUCAUCGACUUGGUUUUUGUGAAGGUUGUGUUCGCAGUGCAACGGUGUUGAACCGUGUGGUUGAGCUUGGUGAAUCAGAUGGAAGAAAGUGGGUUCGAAUCGAACCUGACAAACGCCAUGUGGAGCUGAUUUGGAGAGCCGUUGGAAUGAACUCAAAGUCCAACGGUGUGACGACUCCUUCCAUCAAGCCUACAGACGAGCAGGCGCACCAGCUGCAGUUUUCUCCUGAGUUGCCUGCGGCGCAAGCGUCCCAGUAUCGAUCGGCUGUUAUGAGGGCCAGCUUUUUGUCCCAAGAGAGGAGCGAUUUGAGUGAGACAGUGAAGAGGUUGGCCCAAGGCAUGUCAAAGCCGCGUUUGGCUCACUGGGAGAUGCUGAAGAGGAUGGCGCGCUACUUGGUGUACAAGCCCGACAUGGCGGUGACUGUCAUAGGUUGGAACGUUUCUGAGUCUGAGUAUUACGCGUUGGUUCAUGGGGCGAGUCAUGGACUAGGACUUCAAGCUUUUCUUAAAGAUCUUGGUUUGGUGGUUGGCCUAGUGGUGGAGAGUGACAGCUCUUCGGCAAAAGCAUUUGCGUCACGAGUGGGGCUGGGCAAACAACGUCAUGUUCAGACCCGCUUUUUGUGGCUCCAACAAGCAGUUCAAAGUGAGCGAGUGGUGAUCAAGAAGAUUGGAACUGCCAACAACCCUUCUGACAUCCUGACGAAGUCUAGUACGGCUGCGGUGAUCGAAAAGCACACCAAAGCCAUGGGACUUUUGCUUUUGCGAGAUGCCUCACGCUUACAGAAGAGCGUUUUGGAGACUUGUCCUAACUUACAAACUUUGGAUUCAGCAGCCCUGAAAGUUGAUAUCCCUGCCCUUCUGUUGACAGUCUGUCGGCAAUACAAUGGAAAUCAUAACAACGGCAACGACGAUGAAAAGGAUGAGGAAAUUGUCGAUGAGGAUGACAUGGAGGGUGAUGAUGACGAUGUUUUCGAAGAAGACAGAGACGACGAGCAAGAUCACAUGGAGCACUCACAAUCAAUGUGGGAUGUCACCUGA